GAUGGAUUCACAUCAUCAAAUUCACCAUCUAGAUACGAAGAAGAGAUUAGCUUGCAGUUCAGGGGGACAAAGUGGACAUACACACAACGCUUCGUUGCGUUGAUACGAGCUGCUGAAGGUGGAGAUAUGCUGAGACCUGAACUGUUCGAUCGUGCUCUAGAGGUGCAUAAAUAUUUGAGUGAAUCAUUUUCGGUAGUUGUCGAUGGCCGAGCAUAUCAUCAUAGUGAUCUCUGUAAACAGUAUUGUGAUGUUAAUAAAGCACUCUAUGUUCUCAAGGUUAAUAUCAUUGCUUUCUUCUCGUUAUCUUCUUAUUAUCGCCGGAAACGUGACUGA